AUGGAGAUGCAAUCCUAUUAUGCCAAGCUCUUGGGGGAGUUGAAUGAACAGCGACAGAGGGAUUUUUUCUGUGACUGCAGCAUCAUUGUGGAAGGGCGGAUCUUCAAGGCCCACAGGAACAUCUUGUUUGCCAACAGUGGCUACUUCCGAGCCCUGCUCAUUCACUAUAUCCAGGACAGCGGGCGGCACAGCACCGCCUCCUUGGACAUUGUCACCUCCGACGCCUUCUCCACCAUCUUAGACUUCCUCUAUUCUGGGAAACUGGAUUUGUGUGGGGAGAACGUGAUUGAAGUUAUGUCGGCCGCCAGCUACCUGCAGAUGAACGACGUGGUGAACUUCUGCAAGACGUACAUCAGAUCAUCCCUUGACAUCUGCCGAAAGAUGGAGAAGGAGGCUGCUGUGGCUGCAGCAGUGGCGGCGGCAGCGGCAGCGGCUGCGGCGGCGGCAGCGGCUGCAGCAGCGGCUCAUCAGGUGGACAGUGGAAGCCCCAGUUCAGGCAGGGAAGGGACUUCCUGUGAUAUCAAGAGCUUGGUCUCUCCAGCUGAGGGGGAAGAGAGUAUGGACAGUCCAACAGAGUCCUCCUGUGGUGACUGCAGAGGCUGCCAUCCUCUGGAACUGGUGGCGAAAGACAGCCAGGGCAGUGGCUCAGGGGACAGUGACCUCCUGAUCCUGCCCAAACAGAUAGAGCCCAAGGUGGAGUUUAAUGCCGACGAAGUGGAGGUGGAGGCUGGGGGACAGCUGCAGAAGUAUGCUGCCCCACUGAGCCUGGCCCACGUGGAGGAGGCUUUGCCCAGUGGCCCGGCUGUUGACUUGGCUUACAGUAACCAGCACGUGAAGCAAUUCCUGGAGGCACUCCUGCGCAACAGUGCCAUCCAGAGCAAAGAGGAUGCGGACAAUCACUUUCCUCGCAGUUUGGAGGGAAGGCCAGAUGGUGUGGGCGUAGCCAUGAGUUCCAUGAUGGAUGUGCAGACUGACUGGUAUGGAGAGGACUCAGGUGAUGUGCUGGUGGUGCCCAUCAAGCUGCACAAGUGUCCUUUCUGCCCCUACACUGCCAAACAGAAGGGCAUCCUUAAGCGGCACAUCCGCUCACACACAGGGGAGCGGCCCUACCCCUGUGAGACUUGUGGCAAGAGGUUCACUCGACAGGAGCAUCUGCGGAGCCACGCGCUCAGCGUCCAUAGAUCUAACCGUCCAAUCAUCUGCAAGGGCUGCAGAAGAACUUUCACGAGUCACCUGUCGCCGGGGCUGCGGCGCUUCGGGCUGUGUGACAGCUGCACCUGCGUUGCAGACACACACGACGAUGAUGAUGAAUCGAUGCCCAUCAACCUCAGCCUGGCGGAGGCUUCGUCCGAGAGCCAGGAAAAGAGCGACACAGACAAUGACUGGCCAGUCUAUGUGGAAUCUGGUGAGGAAAAUGAGCCCACCGGAGAUGAUUCUGGAGACAGACCCCAAAUUCGGCCCAACCUGUCAGGUCGAGAGACAUUUACAUAGCGGUCAGUUGGUGGAGAAGAAUGUUUAGAAUCUGUUCUUGUUAAUUAUGAUUGAAAGCCACCCUUCGUCCAGUUUUGUGGGACCUUGAGAGGACAUCUUUUCACAGCUAAUUAUUUGCAUUUCUGUUAGACUACAUGGUGGAGGUUGGAUUUUGUGACUGAAAGGAUUAAUGACUUUUUAGUGUGGUGCCCCUGGUUUGCGAAGGCUUUCUGAGUGAAUCGAGGUCGUCCCUGGGGCCUCCCGUUUUUCCUGCUGUGCCACAAAGUCUGGUUUGGAGAAAGAUAAGAAAAUCUCCAUGCUUGUUUUCACAGUGUCUCAAUUCUCUGCAUUCGUGUCAUCAGCCCCUUUCUCUGAAAACGUGGGCAAGAAUAUAUUAAGUUUUGAGAUCAGCCUUACCUCAGCCAAGCCUCUCCUAAUGAAUUCCAUACUUUACUUUUCUUGGGAAGUAUUAAGGAGAAAGCUUCACUGAUAUAAGGCAGGCAGGGCCAUCUGGCUAUAUGACUGUAAAAGGAACUUUCUAAAUCUAAGGUUGCAAUUUUAAAGGCUGGGGGUGAUUUAUGUGCAGACAAGCAUGGAAAUGAGCUGAAAUGCUCCUUAUGUCACUCUGGCUUGCCCUGUUGAAUUAAAUUUUAAGUUUACCCUGGGAAGGGAGCCUGUGAACCCAGGUCGUGGUGGUUUCCCUGUCUGGCUUGGUAUUUGACAAUUCUGCACACACAAAAUAAUCUGUUUUAUGGUCAUGAAAGAAGUCAUUUGGGCAACACUAAAAAUGCUCCCCUGCAUUUUCUAGCCAUUUCCAAGAGCCACUGCUGUGUACCCUCGAAAUGGACCCCCGUUGACAUUCUUUUACUUUGUUUAUGAGUAGAACUUUAAUUGGAGGGAAAGGGUAAGCCUGUAUAAGUGAGUUGUAUUUCUAAAUUGUUUACCUUUUAAAAGAUCCUCUGAAAGGCAAGGGGAAGUUAGGAGAAGAACAAGUUUUAAAACCAGUCUGCUUUUCACCCACUUUGCAGCCAUACAAUUAUUCUAACAAAAGAGACUACUUCUUUAAAGGGCUAAAAAGCUGGAAAUAUUAAGGAUUAAAGAUAUUUAAGUCACUUAAAUAAUUUUGUCUUAUGUUAAAAUAUCCAAAAUGGAUUUUAAAAAAACCCUUUUUCUUCCUUUAGUUUUAACUAUAAUUGAAUUUCAAAAGGUGGUUAAAAAAUCACUUUCCUUUCUGCCUCUUGAACCAAAAGAGAUAAUCAAAAACAUUAAAAAUUGGCUUGUGAAUAAAUGUUAGUCAUUGAAGAGUUCAGAAGAUGUUUACACUGUACAUUUCAAUAGAAGUUAGAACCCUAGGAUGGCGCUGCUCAAACUGUGGCCAGAGACAGCUGCUGUUCUGUGAAUUCUUUGAUCCUAAUCUACACAGUAGGACCACACAUUAGUCUACAGUAGAUUGGAAAUUUAAAAACCCGG